AUGGCAGUUUGCGUAAUACGAAAAUCACGGUUCCAAAUCAUUCCUAAAUUUCCCCUCUACUCUAUACGGACUGCAGUUAAACUAUCCUACAAAAUAUUUGGCGAAAGUGAAGUAGAUCCUGAUGAUCCACCGAUUUUCCUUUUCCAUGAUCUUUUAGGGACGAAAAAACACUGGGACAGUUUUGGUAAAACAAUGGUGAACAUGACCAAGCGAUCGGUAGUGGCAGUGGAUUUGCGAAAUCACGGCGACAGCCCUCAUGUUAGUUCCCAUAAGUAUGAGGACAUGGCUGAAGAUAUAUUCAAACUGUUUAAAAAACUCUCCGUUGAUAAAGCAAGUAUAGUUGGCCAUGGGAUGGGAGGUAGAGCUUCGAUGUGUGUUUCAUUGAUAGCACCGGAGAAAGUAGCAGGCUUGUUGAUUUUGGAUAUAUCUCCUGUAUCAACCUGCAAGCAUCUGGAAGAAUUCACAAAAAUUUUAGCAAUAAUUAAAGAUAUAAAUUUCAAGGAACAGAAGAAGAUUUGUACAGCAAAACGCCAUGCCAAGAAAAAACUAAAGAGCAUCAUACAUGACGAUACUUUGAUGAAUGUUUCAAGAUCUGCUGUUGACUUGGCGUAUAAAGUUCACGGAAACGAGAAUUACAAUGUUGCACCUGUUAUUGUCAUACAUGGAUUGUUGGGUAUGAAGAAAAAUUGGGAGAGUGUCUCAAAAAGCAUCAAUGAAAGCACUAAUAAAGCUGUAAUAGCGGUAGAUGUAAGGAAUCACGGUGAAAGUCCGCACACUGAAUCUCAUACGUACCCGGAGCUGGCCAGUGAUAUAUCGCAGCUGAUUUCAAAAUUGUCAAUAAAGUCUUCACACGUUAUUGGUCAUAGUAUGGGAGGCCGGACUGGCAUGGUUUUGGCUCUGACCGAGCCUGCGAAAGUAGCGAGUUUAAUAGUUGUUGAUAUAUCACCGGUGUCGACUGCGGGCAUAUUGAACGACUUUUUUCCAAAAUUAAUAGAAGUUAUGAAAGCUGUAAAUUAUAAAGGUGCCGAUAACAUCAGCAAAGCCCGAAGUAUAGCCAAGGAGCACCUCGUUAAAUCGGGUCUGGUAAAGGCAGAAUCAUCCGGUUUCCUUUUGAUAAAUGUUGGCUUAAGACCUGAUGGUUCGUAUGGCUGGCUCUGCAACUUGAAUGCUCUGAAUAAACAUUUUCCAGACAUCGCUACUUUCCCCAGUGGCCUGGAUGGAAAACAGUACUCAGGUCCAACUUUGUUUAUUGGAGGGGAAGAAUCAAAUUACCUGCCCCGGCAAGAUUUACCUGGCAUUAAGAAAUAUUUUCCUAACGCAAAACUAGAAUAUGUAAAAGAUGUCGGGCAUAACGUACAUGCUGAAGAUCCUAAUGCGUUUUUGAAAAUAGUUUUAAGAUUCUUAUCAUAA